GAGGGCGGUUUCUUCUUCAACCCGCUCGCUUUCCCCUCUUCUCGCUUCGCCAUCCUUCCCCUCUUCCGCCGCUGACGCGCCGCUCUACUUGUCGGUUCCUGACCUCCUCCCUUCUCCUCCACUCUCCUUUUCGAUACGUAGGGAGAAGACUGCAUAGAGGUCCAUGGCCGCGAUCAGCCGAGAGAUCCUGAAAAGGAGAGGGAUCCUUCCGUCGCCGGUGAUGGCGACGAUCGGUACUCGAUCCAUGGCUUCCUGGUUUGGGCACGUGGAGCCCGCGGCCAAGGACCCCAUCCUUGGGGUCACCGAGGCGUUCCUUGCCGAUCCCAGCCCCGACAAAGUCAAUGUCGGAGUGGGAGCUUACCGUGAUGACAACGGGAAGCCGGUGGUUCUUGAAUGCGUCAGGGAAGCCGAACGAAGGAUUGCCGGAAACCUUAACAUGGAAUAUCUUCCAAUGGGAGGAAGCAUUAAGAUGAUUGAGGAGUCAUUGAAGCUUGCUUAUGGAGAGGAUUCUGAGCUUAUAAAAGAGAAAAGGAUCGCAGCUGUUCAGGCUCUUUCCGGAACAGGUGCCUGCCGGCUUUUUGCUGACUUCCAGAAGCGUUUCUUACCAGACACACAGAUUUAUAUACCAAUACCAACUUGGGCUAACCACCAUAACAUAUGGAGAGAUGCUUGUGUACCUCAAAGGACUUUCCGUUACUACCAUCCUGAAACAAAGGGACUCGACUUUGCAUCCAUGAUGGAUGACAUCAAGAAUGCACCAAAUGGUUCGUUCUUUUUGCUUCAUGCAUGUGCACAUAAUCCAACAGGGGUGGAUCCCUCUGAAGAACAGUGGAGAGAGAUAUCUUAUCAGUUCAAGGUUAAGAACCACUUCCCCUUCUUUGACAUGGCAUACCAAGGUUUUGCUAGUGGCGAUCCAAAUAGAGAUGCUAAAGCAAUUCGAAUUUUCCUUGAAGAUGGACACCUCAUUGGUUGUGCUCAGUCGUAUGCAAAAAAUAUGGGACUGUAUGGGCAAAGAGUUGGGUGCCUUAGUAUCCUUUGUGAAGAUGAAUUGCAAGCAGUAGCUGUGAAGAGUCAGUUGCAACAGCUAGCUAGGCCUAUGUAUAGUAACCCUCCUGUUCAUGGUGCACUAGUUGUUUCCAUAAUCCUAGGUGAUCCAGAGCUGAAAUCUCUGUGGCUGAAGGAGGUUAAGGGUAUGGCUGACCGUAUCAUUGGAAUGCGUAAAGCACUUCGAGAAAACCUUGAGAAGUUGGGUUCGCCUUUGUCUUGGGAGCAUAUAACAAACCAGAUUGGGAUGUUCUGCUACAGUGGAAUGACGCCUGAACAAGUUGAUCGCUUGACAGACGAGUUCCAUAUAUAUAUGACCCGCAAUGGACGAAUCAGUAUGGCUGGUGUCACGACUGGCAAUGUUGGCUACUUGGCAAAUGCUAUCCACGAGGUGACAAAAUCCUCUUAAGCCUCAUCUUUGCUGUGUUUUUCGAACAAUGAAAACCGACGUCUCAACAAAAUAUCACGAGGCCUUUUCUUUACCCACUUGGAAUUCAGAAAUAAGUCCCUUCAGAGAGAUAAUGGAUUUUUGACAGUCCAACUUGCUGCAUAUUUAACUGGAGUAUAAUCCAUUGUUGAUCAAAAUUGGAGCAUAUACUUGCUCAUCUCUUUUUGCUUUGCAACAAAUCAUUCUAUAGCAUCUUAGCAAUUUUAAUGCAUUAUGGAUUUACAUUUAGCUGAGAUGAAACAGUGAAUAUACAUGAAUUAUCGACAAUUCCUUUU